UUGACUCAGCCUCAAAUUAGUACCUGGUGCGUUGUGUAAACAUCCGCCACUGGGGAGACAAAGGCGGCCGGGCGUGGUGCUUGCCACCCACCCCCAUGCGCGUACUGCUCCGGCCUUCAUAGGCGCUACUCGCGAACAGCACUUGCUCCUACAGUCUGUUAACGCUAUACGGGGGUGGGUGCAUCUUUGUCUUUGUAUGCGUGCCUCUAGGUGUUAGCGAUGUGAGCGAGGGCCACCGCCAUGCCGGGGAUCGUGGUGUUUCGACGGCGUUGGUCGGUUGGAAGCGACGACCUCGUUCUUCCGGGGAUCUUCCUCUUCCUCCUGCACGCCGUGUGGCUCGUGGUGCUGUGCGUGGUGCUGUUCGGCGUCCACUUCGACGCGGGCAAGCUAUGCUCGCCCACGCUCGUCGACCAUGGCAAGGGCUACCUGGGCAUCCUGCUGGCGUGCACCGUCGCCGAGGCGGCCAUGGUGUGGAUGAGCAUGCGGGGCAGCAUACUGUACACCGAGCCGCGGAGAUUCAUGCAGCACAUCAUCUACAUCCGACUGGCAAUUCUCGUUGUGGAAUUUGUCUACUCCAUCGUCGGCGUGGUGUGGAUACUCACGUACUACUUUUCCUGCGACGACACCGUGGCGCGCAGCGUCACCGCCGGGAUCGUGACGUGCAACUGGUUUGUGAUCAUCGGAGUGUGCAUCACGCUCACCUGCGUCUUCGACAGCACCGGCAGGACUUUCGUCAAGCUGCAGGCCAGGAAGAGCCGGCAGCGGUCUCUCACGACCUUUAACCUCCGGCAUCGGAUGGAGGAGGGCCUCACAAACAACUGGGCGCAGAGGCUCAAGCUGUUUAUGUGCUGUGCCAGAACCAAGGACACGCAGACCGACGCCUACUCCGAGGUGGCCGUGCUGAUGGCCGAGUUUUUCCGGGACUUGGACAUCGUUCCGUCGGACAUCAUCGCCGGCUUGGUGCUCAUGCGGCAGCAGCAAAGGGCUCGGAGAAACGCGGUGCUGGAUGAGGCAAACAAUGACAUCCUGGCCUUCUUGUCUGGAAUUCCCAUCGCACGGAAGACUGAGUAUCUGGACCUCAAAAAUUCUAAUGUCAUGAGCAUGUACAAGGACGUGUGCUACUACAUGCACUACGCGCUGGCUGCGUAUGGGUGGCCCAUGUACCUCAUCAGGAAGCCGGCCUGCGGACUCUGCAAGCUCAUGGCCAACUUUUCGUGCUGCUGCCUGGGCUACUGCGUGCGGAGGCACCGAUUCUCUCCCAGCCUCACGGUGCAGGACGACAACUGCUGCCAGUGCAACGUGGCCGCGAUCCGCCGCCACUUCCUGGAUGAGGGCCUCUCGGGGGUGGAGAUCGUCUUCGCCUCCAUCCACGACGCGGUCUACGAGACGCCCUUCUACGUGGCCGUGGAUCACGACAAGAAGCGCGUUGUCGUGAGCGUGCGGGGGACGCUCUCGCUCAAGGAUGCUCUCACGGACCUGACAGGCGACGCUGAACCCUUGCCGGUGGAAGGACAUCCUGGCACGUGGCUCGGGCACAAGGGAAUGGUUUUCUCUGCCAAGUACGUUAAGAAGAAGCUUGAAGAGGAGAUGAUUCUAUCCCAGGCCUUCGGACGAGACCUGGGCCGAGGCACGAAGCACUACCACCUGGUCAUCGUGGGCCACUCCCUCGGGGCGGGAACCGCUGCCAUCUUGUCCUUCAUGCUCCGCCCGCAGUACCCCACGCUCAAGUGCUACGCCUAUUCUCCCCCGGGAGGCCUUCUCAGCUUCGGGAGAAGGAACGUGGACACGCAGCUCGAGCCGGAACACCACGCGGCCGUGGGAACGCACGCGUCCCACGCUCACCAGGUUUGA